GGAAGAGAAACACCAAGACAUAAUGACUGAUGAAAAACCCACACUGACUAAAAAGACUUCAUCACGUGGAAGACCUCGGAAAUCCAAAUCUAAGUGUAAUUUCAGCAGUAAACAGCGUAGAAAGACUUUUAGUCAAAAGCCAAAGCUUGAUGUUCACAUGAGAGUUCACAAAGGGGAGAAAACUUGCACCUGCAAACAGUGUGGAAAAAGCUUCUAUACUAUAGGAAACUUAACGGUGCACAUGAGAAUUCACACUGGGGAGAAGCCUUACACCUGUGAACAGUGUGGAAAGAGUUUUUUUCAAAAAGAAAACUUUAAAACCCACAUGAGAAUUCACACUGGAGAGAGGCCGUACACAUGCCAACAGUGUGGAAAAAGCUUCUAUCAUGCAGGAAACUUGAUAAUGCACAUGAGAAUUCACACUGAGGAGAGGCCUUACUCUUGCCCUCAGUGUGGAAAGAGUUUUAAGCAAAAUGGCAACCUUGAAACUCACAUGAGGAUCCACACUGGAGAGAAACCAUUCACAUGCACUCAGUGUGGGAAGAGUUUCAGCCACUCAUCAUCUCUUAAUCAACACAUGAGAAUCCACACUGGAGAGAAACCAUUCACAUGCACUCAGUGUGGGAAGAGUUUUAGCAAAUCAUCGUCGCUUUAUAGACACAUGAAGAUCCACACUGGAGAAAAACCAUUGACUUGCACUCAUUGUGGGAAGAGUUUCAACCACUCAUCAUUCCUUAAUCUACACAUGAGGAUCCACACUGGAGAGAAACCAUUAACAUGCCCUCAGUGUGGGAAGAGUUUUAGCAAAUCAUCGUCGCUUUAUAAACACAUGAAGAUCCACACCGGAGAAAAACCAUUUACAUGCACUCAGUGUGGGAAGAGUUUCUACGAUUCAUCAUACCUCAAAAAACACAUAAGGAUCCACACUGGAGAGAAACCAUUCACAUGCGCUCAGUGUGGGAAGAGUUUUAACUGCUCAUCACACCUUAAAAAGCACAUGAUGAUCCACACUGGAGAAAAACCAUUCACAUGCACUCAGUGUGGGAAGAGUUUCAGCAAAUCUUCGUCGCUUUAUAGACAUAUGAGGAUCCAUACCGGAGAAAAACCAUUCACUUGCACUCAGUGUGGGAAGAGUUUCAGCCACUCAUCAUCCCUUAAUCAACACAUCAUGAUCCACACUGGAGAGAAACCAUUCACAUGCCCUCAGUGUGGGAAGAGUUUCAUCCACUCAUCAAAUCUUAAUCUACACAUGAGGAUCCACACUGGAGAGAAACCAUUCACAUGCUCUCAAUGUGGGAAGAGUUUCAGCACAUCAUCACACCUUAAACAACACAUGAAAAUCCACACUGGUGUGAGAGAGUAUAUGUGCUUGGAGUGUGAGAAGACUUUUAUUACAGCUGCAGAUUUGAAACGGCACCAGAGGAUUCACACUGGAGAUAAACCGUACAAGUGUUCACAUUGCAGUAAGAGGUUUACUCGCUCAGAAACCCUGAAAACACAUGAGAGGAUUCACGCUGGAGAUAAACUGUAGACAUGAUCAGUGUGUUCUAGGGUUUGUUACCGAAACCCGGUGCCAUUAUAGCACCGGUACCAUGGUAACCGGUAUGCACCGGUAUUAAAUCAGCGUAUGAAUUUCGGUGCUGCGGCAUGGACGUGAGGGUUGCAUGAAAAAAGGCACAUAUAGGUGUUGUCACAGCAUCACUAAACAUUUAAUAUUCAACUCGUUUAGUUUUGACUUCAUUCAUUUUUGAUUUCUGUCUUGAACACAUGAUUUAUUUACAACACAUUUUUAAACACAAUAGUUUAACUGACUCGUUUCUAAUAUCUAACGCUACUUUUUUAUGCUGACAGUCAGUGCAGAACAUUUUACUAGUUAUUUUGCAAGACAGUAUUCAGACAAAGUCUUUUUAAGUAUUUUAUAGUCUUUUAUUUAGAUUAAAGUGUAAUUUAGAC